CCUUGGCCCUCGAUUCCCGUCGGAAUUUUAAACGGGGCCUGCAAAAGUGUGCCAGCGCUUUCUUUUCUUUCUUUCUUGCUCGCUCGGUCGCUCGCUGGCCCAUCCUUCGUUCCUUCUUCUUCAGCAGCCUGCCUGCCGAACGGAGCGACGACCCAACGGGAAGCGGACGAGCAAGGGCGGAGCGGGGCCAUCGUCGUCGUCGUUAAACGCCAUCCGCCUUCGAGAGUAGGGAGCUCGGUGUUUCUGCAGCCUUGCUUGAUUGCUUGCCACCGCGCCCGUGGGCAUCGCGCUCCUUCCUCAGGCGGAUCGGGCGGAGGGAGGGGGUAGCGGAGCUUGAGCGUGGGAAAUCCGGACCGGAAGAGCUCAGUGCAGCGAGUGCGGGCGCAGGCGGGACGAGGAGGAGGAGGAGGAGGAGGAAAGGUCGAGGAGACGAAGCGGAAGACGAGUCCGAGAGACACGGAUAUGGGUGCUGCAGAGUAGGGUUGACGGGGGAGGGCAGGGAUGCGGAUGUGAGUGAGGCCGGUGCUGAGAUGCGACACCGGAAGGGAGUUGCUUGGGAUCGAAUGGGGCUGUGAGUGUGAUGUUUGGCCCGCGCGCUGGAUGCAUCCAUUGAGCUGAGUGGGGGUGACGUGUGAGGUCAUGCGCGAGUAGGAAGCGAUUAUUUUUCCGUUGCAGAAAUGGACGCACUCAGGAAACAAGCGAGCAAGUUUAGGGAACAAGUAGCCAAACAACAGCAGGCGGUUUUGAAGCAAUUUACCGGCGGAGGUUCACAAGAUAACGUAAUUACAGAUGAGGCCGAGCUUCAAAGACACCAACAGUUAGAGCGCCUUUACACAUCAACUAGAGCUGGAAAGCAUUACCAGCGGGAGAUUGUAAGGGGUGUAGAAGGCCUGAUUACGACUGGAGCCAAGCAGCAAGAAGUUGCAAGCAAGCUUUCAGAUGAUUGUAAGCGAUAUGCCACAGAGAGUCCCGGUGUGGGUGGAGCUCUUGCCAGGGCCUCACAUCAUCAUGGCACAGCACGAGCCUCCAUGGAAACUCAGCGUGAACUUUUGCACCGAGCUCUGGGCACACAGGUGGCCGAGCCCCUGCGGGCCAUGGUAAUGGGAGCACCACUGGAGGACGCUCGUCAUCUAACCCAACGAUAUGACCGCCUACGGCAGGAGGCUGAAGCUCAGUCUACCGAAGUGAAUAGGAGGCAGUUAAAACAGCGGGAAGCUGGUCCAAAUUCAGAUAACACUGUCAAGCUGCAAAUGGCAGAGGCUAAAAUGACUGAGCUGAACUCAGCCAUGGCGGUUCUAGGCAAGGAGGCUGCUGCGGCCAUGCUCGCCGUGGAGGCUCAGCAGCAACGCCUCACUCUACAGCGCUUGAUUGCCAUGGUCGAAGCUGAACGGACCUAUCAUCAACGAGUUGCAGAAAUUUUAGACCAACUCCAAGCGCAGAUGGUCUCUGAGCGCCAACGAAGUGAAUCAGCCCCACCGAUCACAGCAGGUACACCUGUUGUGGACACUUUUAUGGCACCGCCAUCGUAUGACGAUAUCAAAGCAAAUGGUGGUCGCUCAAACGCCCCUCAGGGCACAGGUGUCACAUCUGGUGCAAACGCUACACAUACCCAGAAAGCAAUGUAUUUCUUGGCUGAGGUCAUGCACGGGUUCGAAGCCGAAUCGGAAGGGGAGCUAACUUUAAAUGUUGGUGAUUACGUCGUCGUGCGUCAGGUCUCGCCUACGGGUUGGUCGGAAGGUGAGUGUAAGGGCAAAGCUGGCUGGUUUCCUUCUACUUACGUGGAGCAGAGGCAACGCGUUCCGGCAAGCAAAGUGGCAGAGAAUCCCUAGGUUGUCUGCUAUCAUACUUCACUUUCCAAUUCUAAAUUAAUAGAUUGUUGGCAAGCCUAAGCGAAGCAGCUUGGGUGCCGAACAUUGGCAACAUUUUUUUGCCAUUGAACGGCUAUACAGGAAGGGAGCCCCAGCUCAAAUUUUUGGUUUUGGACCAAAGCUCUCAAAAGCAUCGAAGCCCUGAGGAUUACAGAGUGUGGUCGGUAGAUACUAUUGAAUGUAAAACGGUUAUUGCAAUUUAUAUGCCAUUAGAGGAAACCUUUUCAGUCUGGCAACACAUGUUCAGUUACACAGGUUCAAUCUAGGACAUCAGCAGGUUGCUACUAUGGAUGGAGGGGACGCAUCAAAUUAGCUUGAAGGUCCUCUCUUCUUCCCAGGAUGGGAUGCAGCUGCAUUUUCGAGGGAGGUAUUUGUAAAGAGAAAUCAACCCAAAAAGUCUUCUCAGUUGUUGACAUUAAUUUUUAUAGACCGCUUUGAAUAAUUUCGCGUAAUUGCGUUUUGUUCUCAAAUUUCUUUUUUAGAGACAAGAGAUCAUAGUUGUAGUUAGUCCUGUCCUCUAUAUGAUUUGACUCGAGCUUGCUGCUUACUUCCUAAGCUAUCUACCGAAGGUGUUACUUCGGUGUCACCCUUGGCCAUGAGUCCGACCUUAACCUUCACGACCUACUACUAUCUUUCUGGGCAUCUUGAGAAAUUUUAUUAUACAAAAAGCUUGAAAAAA